CACUGGUCCUUUCAGACUGAAAUACUGAGAAUGCCGACGGUGUGCGAAGAGUUGAAUUUCCGAAUAAAUUAGGAUUGAACUAACAAAAAUUCAAGAUGGCAGCGCCCUUGUCAAAGUGAAAACGAAGAUAUUUCGUAUUUCUCUACGGAUACGUUCUUUACCAAUAAUAAAAACUGAGAAAGAUUGACCAUGUCUCUGGCGGACGAGUUGUUGGCGGACUUUGAGGACGAUGAUUUGGAGCAGAAUGUGGAGGAGGAAGCGAUGGAUGACAUCGCUGAGGUGGAUGAAGUAGUUCCAGAGGUGGAUUACUCCAACAAAGAAUCCGUAAAACACAUUGCAAAACUUCGGGAUGGACCAGACCUGGCGCGCAUUAUGACAGAAGUAAAGAGAUAUGCCAGUCAACCGCGGCGGGACAAAGUGGCGGGUCCGGUAGAGGCUGACCCAGAGUAUCAGCUGAUUGUGGAGGCGAACAACAUCACCGUAGAGAUCGACAAUGAAAUAAAUGUGAUUCACAAGUUUACAAGAGAUCACUACUCCAAGAGGUUCCCUGAGCUGGAAUCACUCGUUCCCACACCACUAGAGUACAUUAGGACUGUACAGGAACUUGGCAACAACAUCCUGGAGAACUCCAAGAGCAAUGAAGUGUUACAGGAGAUCUUGACCCCAGCUACCAUAAUGGUGGUCAGUGUCACAGCUUCCACUACACAGGGGUCAGAGCUGACCCCCGAGGAACUGGCUGUCGUUAACGAAGCAUGUAAAAUGGCCGUCGACCUGACGGAGUGCAAGGCUAAGAUCUUUGAGUACGUAGAGUCUCGUAUGUCCUUCAUCGCCCCCAAUCUGUCCAUCAUCGUGGGAGCCUCCAUAGCUGCAAAACUCAUGGGAACUGCUGGGGGCCUGACAAAUUUAUCCAAAAUGCCGGCCUGUAACGUUCAAAUACUUGGUGCACAGAAAAGAACCUUGUCUGGAUUUUCAACAGCCGCCAUUCUCCCCCACACAGGGCACGUGUAUUACAGUGAAAUCGCCCAGAAAACUCCGCCGGACCUGAGGAAGAAAGCGGCCCGUCUAGUGGCUGCCAAGUGUACACUGGCUGCCCGGGUGGACAGCUUCCACGAGAGCGUGGACGGAGCCAUCGGUGACAGCCUAAGGGCAGAGAUCGAGCAGAAACUUGACAAGCUUCAGGAACCACCCCCCGUCAAAACGGUCAAACCACUGCCAGCCCCUAUUGAGCAGUCCCGGAAAAAACGAGGAGGAAGAAGGGCAAGAAAAAUGAAAGAAAGAUUAGGAUUAACAGAAGUUAGAAAAGCGGCCAACAGAAUGAACUUUGGAGAGAUUGAGGAAGAUGCUUAUCAAGAUGAUCUGGGAUUUUCUCUCGGAGCUUUAGGCAAAUCGCGGUCUGGAAAAAUCCGUGGGCCAGUGGUGGACUCCAAAACCAAGGCCCGAAUCUCUAAGACUCUACAGGCUAAAGUUCAGAAGCAGAACAAUGUUUGGGGAGGAAGUACAACAGUGAAACGACAGAUUGCUGGAACAGCGUCCAGUGUGGCAUUUACACCCCUACAGGGACUUGAGAUCGUGAACCCCCAGGCCGCGGAACGUAAAGUACAAGCCGCCAAUGCCAAGUACUUUUCCAGUACAUCUGGGUUCCACAAAAUCAAGAAGGGAGACACGUGACGGUGGCAGUGCCAUUUUCUGGUUGGCUUACUGUGUGUGUGUCAGUAGAAAGCCUUGAUGUAUAUCUUUCUACGUUUUUGAUUAUUUCAGCGAGAUCAAAUCUAUAUGUUACCGGUAUGUUUAUGGAAUACCUGACAUGGUUUUACAAAACUGUUGAUCAUUGUGAUGUAAUUGUCUCAUGUCGUCUUAUGAUAUUGUUUUAUAUAAUCCAAACUGAAAUAUGUGGAAUAAAGUCAUUACAAUGUA